AUGGCUACUCCAAUUUUCACGCGCAUACCAUGGCGCGCAACCAGUAGGCCGGGAGUAUCGGCAAAACCAGUCUUCUCGAAUGCCUUCAAAACACCACAAUGUGCGGUUGCACCAUUCACAUCACAGUCUGUUAGAUAUGCAUCGAAUAAACCUGAUGCACCAGAACCUGCUUCUGCAGGGACAGCCUCGAUAACUCCACCCACAGCAGAGCCUGCCGCCGAGGAACCAUCCGACGAAGAUAUCUUCAAUGUCCGUUACCCCCGUAACGUUCAAGCAAUCUACCUUAAGCCCCUCCGCCGCGAAGCCAAAUAUGGAGUCCCCUCAUGCGAUCUCCAACUGCGAUCUUACAGUAUUCGUAACCUAGAGUUCUUUUCCGAUUUCGCUCUCCGCGCUGCAUAUUAUCUCAAAUUACCUGCAUAUGGACCUGUACCACUGCCGAGAAUGAUAGAGAGAUGGACUGUACCGAGAUCGCAUUUCGUUCAUAAGAAGAGUCAGGAGAAUUUUGAGAGAAAAACGUUGAGGAGGUUGAUUCAGAUCAAGGAUGGACACCCAGAGACCGUGAGCUUAUGGUUGGCCUUUUUGAGGAAACAUGCGUACUAUGGGAUAGGAAUGAAGGCGAAUGUUUGGGAGUAUAAUAAGAUUGGUGUGGGCAAAGCUAUGGAUGCUAGUAUGGAGGAGAUGAAGGAAGUUAUGGAGCCACAGUGGGAGUUGUUUGGUAGAGGACAGAGUACUGAGACUGCGGAUAAGGUCAUGGAGAUUUUGAAUAGAGAGAGCUUCAAAGCGGCUGCGGGAGGUAGCGCCCCGGGCAUGAGGGUCGAGCCAUGA